AUGGAAAAAUCUGAUUUUUCAAACUCGAAAAUACAUGAUUUUUACGAAGUGAAUGGUAACGAAAAUAUAGUUCCUUAUAUACACAAACAACAUUUUAUUGAACCAUAUGGUCUCUCUAGAGACCAUUAUCUUAUUCCCGACUUUCAUGCUAAGUAUGACUAUGAGCAUAUGCACUCAUAUCAACCUUAUGUAUCUUCGUGCUCAUUUAUCGAAAAUACAUUCCAACAGCAUCCAUAUCAGUAUAUUGAACCAGCGGGUUGCACUAAUUUAACCCCAACAUAUUUAAACACAAAUUAUGAUAGAAAUAUAAACUAUCAAAAUUACACAAAUCCUACAUUUUCAAAUCAAUUUGUAAUGAAUUCAAAUCAAUAUGUUUGUAAGUGGCAAACAGAACAUGAUGAAAAUAUUUAUUCCAAAAAUAUUUGCGGGAAAAUUUUUAUAUCACUUAAUGAUUUUGUUCAUCAUAUUACCGCAGAUCAUGUUGGUGGUUCAGAUAGAACAGAGCAUUGUUGUAUGUGGCUUGACUGUACUCGAACAUGCAAACCAUUUAAAGCCAAAUACAAGCUCGUUAACCAUAUUCGGGUUCACACCGGCGAGAAACCGUUUGUUUGUAAUAGUUGUGGAAAGUUUUUCGCUCGGUCUGAAAAUUUAAAAAUCCAUCAGCGAACUCAUACAGGUGAAUUUUUUUUCAAUAUUGAUUUAGGAGAAAAACCUUUUAUUUGUACAUUUGAUGGGUGUAAUCGACGUUUUGCAAACAGUUCAGACAGGAAAAAACAUUCACAUGUUCACACAACCGACAGACCAUAUUUUUGCAAAUAUAAAGAAUGCAAGAAAAGUUAUACUCAUCCAAGUUCUCUCCGAAAACAUUUGCGAAUGCACGAAGAAACCGAAAUGAUUGAGUACCAAACAAACAAAACGAACGUAAACAGAAAAGACGCAAAAUCUAAAUUUUAUGAUUCAAUUUCUAACGGAUCACAAAAUGAUUCUGAAAAUUCUUGUUUAACAAUUAAUGGAUCAAACACAUGUAACAUAUAUAAUCGAAAUUUUUGA